CUGGCCCCACACCCCGCACUUGCUCGCUGCUGCAACAGCCGGAGCUCGGGAUGUCUUUCUCUUUUCCGAGGGAAUGGUAUUAUGAGUCAGAGGAGAGGGCGGAGGGAGAGAGAGCGUGCGAGGGCGAGACGGCUCCCGGCGAUACUUGCCGUGGUGUGAGGAGGAGAUUGUGGUUCCGAGGUGCAGCAGUUUCUGGUUGUUUUAUGAGGUGUUUGGUGCGGUAGGUAGGUUUCCGGGGGAGUUCAACCCUCAAUGGCACAGAAUGGGAAGCCGCUGCCCCCGCAGCUGGAUCAGAACAGCACCAAGGAGCUGAAUCUAACCGUCUUGCAGCGGACCGACCGCCAUGUAGAGGAUAUUUUGACCACUGCCGCUCAUGUCACCUUCUACCAGUUCGAUACGGAUGCCAACCAAUGGAGUCGCAAGGAUGUGGAGGGUUCACUCUUUGUUGUAAAAAGGCGGACACAGCCGCGGUUCCAGUUCAUAGUGAUGAAUCGUCGCAGUACAGACAAUUUGGUGGAAAAUCUAUUGGGUGAUUUUGAGUACGAGGUGCAAUCCCCGUAUCUUCUAUACCGGAAUGCCGUUCAGGAAAUAAAUGCCAUCUGGUUUUACAACGCGCGGGAGUGUGAAGAUGUUGCUAACCUUUUCCAGAGGAUCUUGCACGCCUUUAAACCUCCUCCGAAACCACGGCUGAUUCCCCCAAGCUCAGAUUAUGUGGAACUUGAAGCAGUCCCUACAACAGUUAACUUGGAAGGUCCAUUGGAGCGGGGCCCUAUCGCUUCCUCAGGGAUGCUCGAGAUGCAGGAUGAGCCACUGGAGCGUUUCUUGAACAUAGUGCGCAUCAGUACACCUGAUAUUACUCCCACAACAGCAUCUCGUCCUCCAAUAAAUCAUUCAGUGCAAUCUCGCACGACUAUACCUGCUUCUCCGACUUUUUCCGCAGUGUCGAUGUCUUCCAUAAUAUCGCCAACUACAACGGCCCUUCCGCUCACGUCUCUUGCUCCUCUGUCUCUUGAUACGCCUGAUAACCCCCCUACAGGUCGCGCAACGCUCAUAAAGCCAUCCUUCUUUGUUCCUCCCCCACUCUCUUCUGGUCACAGCGCCCCUAGUGCCCCUCUGGUUCCUUCCACAACUUCUCUUCAGCCAUCUCAUGGUGCUCCGUUACUUCAACCCUUUCCUCCUCCGAAUCCUCCUCUUUCGCUUGCUCCAACUAUGCAACAUAGUGUAUCAAUAACUAAGGACGGAGUUCGAGAAGCACUUAAUCGCCUCGUCAAGAAUGAGCAUUUCAUAGAUAUGGUGUACCGAGAGAUGAUGAAUGCACACAAUUUUUGAUGCUCGUGAAAUAUUGAGACUCACCAAGUUUGUGAGUCUAACCAAUUAUGUGUCGCUCACGCUCUUUUGGACUUAAAUCUGCUAGUCUGUAUGGCGCUCAGUGAGUAGCAUAUGGAGGUUGCAAUGUAGGGAACCAGAUAAUGGUUCUAGAACUUAUGUCGAGCCUUUUGUGUCCCUUUUUAAGCCCAUAUUUGCAGGGAUGAGAGCAUCAGACACUGUAUAGCAGUUUAGAACAGUUUUGCGAAUGCUUAAAUGUGACAUUGUGGGUGUUAUCCUGAUGUUUUUAUCUAAUUGUUGACUCAAGCA